GCCUUACCCAUUUUUCCUCUCUCUAAACCCUCCAUCUCUCUGCUCUGGUUGCUAUCUUUGUCUCUUUUCUCUCUGUAACCAGCUUCUCUCUCUCUCUCUCUUGCUCUCUUUCUUCUAGCCCUUAUUUGUGGCCAUCGGCUCUCGUUUCGUCCCGUCCUCUCCCUUCAAACCCUUGAAGAAAUUUCAGUGAGCUAGGGUUUCACCAUGGCAUCUGGUUCUGAGGAUACAUUUUGGACUCAAGACCCUGAAGUUGCUGCUUCUACUGAUGUUGAGCUUCUUAAACGUGCUUGGAGGAAUGAGAAAGCUUCACCUGAAAUCCUUCGUUUCGAGGAACCAUUGGUUGAGAGAGUGCGAGAACAGAUUGAGCUGUUAGAACAAACAGUGGAGGAAUUAAGAGCUGAGGGCAAAGAUGAACUUAUGAUAUCCCUCUAUCAAAUGGAUCUAGAUCGCACAUUGUAUCUAUUGAGAUCAUACCUGCGGAUUCGGCUUCAAAAGAUUGAAAAAUAUACAAUCCACAUUUCAAAAACGGAUCUUUGGGGCAGGCUCUCAUCACAAGAACAGGCUUUUGCUCAAAGGUGUAUCAUUAUCAUGAAAGAGCAUCUUGAGCAAUCUGUAUUAGGCAAAUUACCUGAUGGAUACAAAGACGUAUUGAAGCAAUCCCUAGCAAGUGAAGAUGAUGACAUGGUUCCCGAGCCUCCCUUGGACACAUUUGUCUUCUGUAAAAGCAGAGGAGAUCUCGGUCCUUUCCAGCUCGACGAUUCUGAUAAUCCCAUUGAUAUGGUCGCUGAUGACCUGUGGAUCCUUCGAUAUAAGCAAAUAAAAGAGCUUGUACAUAAUGGACGAAUUGACCUUUUCUGAAGAACAUAAUAAGACGCUGAAUACGUUUGAACUAUGUGCCAUGAUCCAAUUGAUGGUGUAUACCAGAUGCUGCUUCCAGGGUUUACUACAUGAUAGUUCAUAGAUGUAAGAAUGACUAUCGACUUGUCCAGAAACAUAUGGAGGAUGGAUCAUGGGCCUUGGUGAUGUUGUUGAUCCCUUGACAUUUUCUGUAAAAAACCUUUUAUCUUCAUUGUCGAAAAUGAAUACCUACUAUGACUGUAUGUCUACUUUUGGUUUUCUUUGCAAGAAAAUGUGUCAAUUUUAAUCAAGAGUUUUAUCUUUGUGAGCAUUCUCUUAAUAGUAAUCUUAAGUUUCUUCUGUGAAAUAUUAUUGAGGUGCCUUAAUUAUUUGAUUUAACAGAGUUAUUUACAUGUAUCUUUGUCGAAUCAUCAAAAGAGGUUAAGUCAAGCUUC